AUGUCUGCCUCAACUCCAGAGGCGUCGCCUCGCUUUCGAUGCGAGUUUUGCCCAAAGGAGUUUUCUCGGCGAGAGAAUGUUUAUCGCCAUGCUCGGAUUCGUCAGUGUCUGAUCCGCAAAUUACUGCUAAGUGAUGCGCGCCAGCGCCAUGAGGCGAUUCACAAGACGCAGCAGUCGCCUAGUGUGACUGCGACGUCCCAGAGGCGAACCAAAUCGCCAAAAAAUCACGAGGUGCUCUCACAGCAACCUUCCGAUGCGUUACAUGAGAAUCCGUCAGUCGAAACACAUGAUGGUGAUAGCUUAACCAGUCUGAGUUCUCUGAAUGGCAAAUCGCUUCCAGAACAUAAUGUGCAACAUGAGACUGGUAAUGACUGGAGCUCUACGCAUUCCUUAAAUCUUGACAUAGAUCAGACCCACGGUCUCACGGCUCAUGUUCCGACUGAGCACGCUCUUCAUUGGACAAACCAAUCCGCAGAUAGCACAUUUGAUGAGGAUCUGAUCCGGUGGAUACGGGAACCGUGUCUAUUCGAAGAUAUGCGCUUUGAUGAAGAUAUUAUGUCGGUGCUGCUAGAAUCUGGGUCAAUGCCACCCUUCAAUGCUGCACCGCUUCUGGCCAUGGGCAUAGAUAGCGAUCAAAUGAUGGUCGAUCACAGUGAUCAAAAUACUGACGCCACUGUUGAUAGAGGUGGAACAAUGAGUCGACCAGUAAGUCCUCCAAAUGAGGCGUCUGAAGAAGACAAAUGGCCAUACAAAUGGAAUCCUGCAUCUCAAGCGAUUACUGCCGCUAAGCCCAUUGAAUUGCCUGGAGACCAUCCUUUGAGACGUGAUCAUGACAUUCGUUUCGACAUCUCCCAUCAGCGGUACCUAAAGGUGAUUGCAUUCCUUUUGGAGCCAGCAAGGAGAGGGUUCAACUUUCACUCGCUUCAUUUCCCAGACCUGGAGACUACGAAUAUCUUCAUAAAAUUGUUUUUCACCCAUUUCGAGCACCAGAUGCCUGUCAUACAUCGUCCGUCUUUAAAAUCAUGUGAUGACUUACCUGAUGCUCUUCUUGCCGCAAUGAUUGCGAUAGGAGCUAUAUAUAGCCGUGAACGACACACCUGUCGCUUCUCGAUUGUCUUUGUUGACAUGGCAAGAUUAAGCUCACAGAUUGCCCUCGAAAUGAACAACAGACUUAUGAGAGAUUCUAAGUUCGUCUAUGCCCUGACGCUGCUCUGUUAUGCAGGCAUCUGGUGUGGCAACAAGCGACUUUUUGAGCUCUCCGAGAGCCUGAGGGCUGCAGUGGUUACCUACUGUCGGCAGAUUCGUGACAGUGAAUACAUCUUGGCAAGAGAUGAUCUCCAAAAAUUUGGCAGUAGCGUGGAGGGCCAAUGGCAGGCUUGGAUUUUGAAGGAGUCCAGAAAGAGGCUCUUAUGGGUUAUCUACAGCUUUGAUUCUUCGAUCAGCCUGGCAGAGUUUAUGACUAUUGAGUGUCCCUGUGACGAGGACUUCUGGCAUGCUGCAACGGCCAACCGUUGGAAAUGCUUACUUGGCUCUGCAUCUGUUCCACCCUCAAGGAAAUUCACCUCUGCGGACCUUUGA